AUGCUUCCUCAACAUCUUCAUAGUUUCAUUGGCGGUCUUUCUGAAUCCGACAGGAACAUACUUAAAGAUGUCGCAAAAAACUAUGAUAGCUACGGGAGCCACGAAAAAGUUAUGGCCGCAAUAAAAGAGAAAUCGCCUCAACUUGCAGAACAAGUUGAACAUCAUUAUCAAAUGUCUAUGGACGCGCUGAAAAAGCUUCCAGCACCAGCUCAAACCUUCAUAAAAGAGCUAUACCAAACAAUCCGUAAAACAUACACAGAAGCCCUCUCUGGUCACAAACCUACUCCGGAUCAAUUGAAGGCAAAAGGCGAGCAAAUUAUCAGUAAGUACGAUGCGCUACCUGAAUCGGCUAAAGGCGAUCUCGAAAAGAACUACCCCUACAUCACCAAAAUGCUGAAAGACAAGGACCUACCUGCGAAGCUCGCCGCCCUUCCCUUGAACUAG